AUGGGCCCCUGGAAGAAGCAGAUCUUCCCUGAGGGUGGCCAGCUGAUGGUUGCAGUGUUUGGAGCCAAAGCUGUGCCCACCAGGAGUGCAGCCCAAGAAAAUCCUGAGGUCACAGGAGAAGAAACUGCCCAUGGGAAGCACUCUCACCUGGAGCACUCUCACCUGGAGCACUCUCACCUGGAGCACUCUCACUUCCACACUCACCUGGAGCACUCUCACUUCCACACUCACCUGGAGCACUCUCACCUGGAGCAUUCUCACCUGGAGCACACUCACCUGGAGCACUCUUACCUCCACACUCACCUGGAGCACACUCACCUGGAGCACUCUCACCUGGAGUACUCUCACCUGGAGCACUCUCACCUGGAGCACUCUCACCUCCACACUCACCUGGAGCACACUCACCUGGAGCACUCUCACCUGGAGCACUCUCACCUCCACACUCACCUGGAGCACUCUCACCUGGAGCACACUCACCUGGAGCACUCUCACCUGGAGCAUUCUCACCUGGAGCACUCUCACCUGGAGCACUCUCACCUCCACACUCACCUGGAGCACACUCACCUGGAGCACUCUCACCUGGAGCACACUCACCUGGAGCACUCUCACCUGGAGCACUCUCACCUGGAGCACUCUCACCUGGAGCACUCUCACCUCCACACUCACCUGGAGCACUCUCACCUGGAGCACUCUCACCUGGAGCACACUCACCUGGAGCACUCUCACCUGGAGCACUCUCACCUGGAGCACUCUCACCUGGAGCACUCUCACCUGGAGCACUCUCACCUGGAGCACUCUCACCUGGAGCACUCUCACCUCCACACUCACCUGGAGCACACUCACCUGGAGCACUCUCACCUCCACACUCACCUGGAGCACUCUCACCUGGAGCACUCUCACCUGGAGCACUCUCACCUCCACACUCACCUGGAGCACACUCACCUGGAGCACUCUCACCUGGAGCACUCUCACCUGGAGCACUCUCACCUGGAGCACUCUCACCUGGAGCACUCUCACCUGGAGCACACUCACCUCCUCCCUCCUUUAGGGACUGAGAGGAACAUCUUCAUUGGUGGAUUUGGGAGACUCAUCCAUUAA